ACUCACACACACACACUCACUCACACACCGGGACAAGUGUCGUGAAUAAGCUUCAGCUAAAAACACUAUGAUACAUAAAAUCAGAUGACUGUUUGAGCUUAUCUAUGUCUUUUGUAUCUGUCCCUAUCCAAAUAAACCUUUAUUAUUACACACACCUCUCUCCUCCCGUGUGGAGCGCUCAGGGAAUUAGCCGCUCGGGGCGCGCGCGCGUUAAGCCAGGGGUGGCGGGAGCGCGCGCGGAUUGUCUCCCAUCUCAGCCCCUGUGCCAGUCUGCGCACCUCGCGCGUCUUACCGUCCGUUUCCAUUUCAAAGAACUGAUCCUCCACGAGCACCGAGGGAUGAAACGGAAAAGAACGUAUACCUGUCACCACAGAGAUGAGUGAGUCGUCGUCAGUUCACUCACUGAAGCUUAUUUCGUUGGCCCGAUCUCUCUCCGGGCUUGGGCUCGACGCCGCUAAUGGAGGACCCAUCAACCCCCCUGGCACCCACAAGCCGCCUCCCCCGGAGUCCGGCAUUGAACUAGGCCCUGGGCUUUUUUUCACUGAUGGCAAGAGAAAAGUGGACUACAUCCUUUGCUACAAAUACAAAAAAAGGCGAAUGUCCAAGUCACGCCUCUCCAUUGCGUCCAAUGGGAGUAUACCAAUAGUGAUACCGGGCCAAUGCGAAACAGAAGCCGACGCCGUGGAGGAGUCGAAGCUGUCUGAGGAGGAAAAGGCUUUGAUGAGGGAGGAGUUUGAGGCGGAACUACUGGAAGCGGGACUACAGAUAGAGCGCGAUAAGGAAAGGUCAAAUGGCAUAGGAUUCAUUCGGCUGCACAUCCCCUGGCCCAUCCUCAGUCGAGAAGCAGAGCUUCAGAAGAUCAAAGUUGCUGUGAAAAAGAAGUGUGAAUUGCGGAAACGGACGGGCAUCGCUGGGAUAUGCGAUUCCAUCGUGGCCAAGGUGAACACGCCGUUUCAACCGGAUGUCCCCGACUUCGACGUCCACAGAGACUCGCAGACGCGCGUCCAUUUCAAAACUCUCAAACACCCUUUUAUCAGAGACAAGCUUCACCUGUAUGACAUCAAGUCAACAGAAACCGUGUUCGACAAUGCCACACGCAGCAGAAUAGUGGCUGACAUUAUUUCACGUACUACCUGCAGACAAACUUGCCAAACCACUGGCAUCAACUCGUUAUUGGCUCGGGGUGUCUACGUCUCUGCCUUCCCUCUGCAUGAUGGGUCUUUCACAAGGAGAGGACAGAAAGAUCAGCGAAAUGACAGACAGCUCCUGCAUGAAGAAUGGGCAAACUAUGGAGUAAUGCAUAAAUACCAACCUGUGGACCUGAUCAGGAAAUACUUUGGAGAGCAGAUCGGGUUGUAUUUUGCCUGGCUCGGUGUUUACACUCAGCUCCUCAUCCCUCCCUCUGUACUGGGCUUCAUUGUCUUCCUCUAUGGCAUUUUCACUGUGGAUACCAACGUACCGAGUCAGGAGACUUGUAAUGACAACCUGAACAUCACCAUGUGUCCACUGUGUGACGGAGUGUGCGACUACUGGCGUCUGAGUAGCGUGUGCUCACUGGCCCGGACCUCCUACCUGUUUGACAACGGAGCCACUGUCCUCUUUGCGAUCUUCAUGUCACUGUGGGCUGCCUGUUUCCUUGAGCACUGGAAAAGGCGACAGAUGUGUCUGAAACAUACCUGGGACCUGACGAGCUUGGAGGACGAGGAGGAGCGAGUCCAGGAGGAGCUGAGGCCUGAAUACGAAGAAACUUUACAGGAGAAAAAAGACAAGUUGAAGGCGAAGUCUAAGAAGAAGGCGACUCAGGGUGGAGAAGGUAGAGAUGGAGAAACGGACCAGAUGCUGGCCUCUCAGCAGGAGCCAGAGUCUCUGGACAUUGAGGAUCACCUGUCUGGUUACCUCAUCAAUGUGUCCACAUUACUAUUACUGAUCUUCGUGACCUUCUCGGCUGUGUUUGGCGUGGCGGUUUACCGGAUCUGCAUGUUAAGUGUGUGGUCCAUGAACCCGGAUCCGGAAGCCAAGGCCAGUGUGAGGAUGACCGUCACGACCACAGGCAUCAUCCUCAACAUGCUGGUCGUUCUGGUGCUGGAGGAGGUUUACGGAGCAAUCGCCGUUUGGCUUACUGAGCUGGAACUGCCGAAGACAAAGGAAGAAUUUGAAGAGAGGCUGAUCUUCAAGUCUUUCUUUCUCAAAUCCAUGAACGCCUUUGCGCCUAUUUUCUACGUGGCCUUCUUCAAGGGCAGGUUUGCUGGGCGGCCCGGAGAUUAUGUUUACGUCUUUGGGGACUAUCGAAUGGAGGAAUGUGCACCUCCAGGCUGCCUCAUUGAACUCUGCAUCCAGCUCAGCAUGAUCAUGCUCGGGAAGCAGCUAAUUCAAAACAAUGUGUUUGAGGUUCUCAUUCCUAAGCUGAAAAAGAUGUACAGAACAAUACAGGAGCAAAAAGGAAAGAAAAGAGCAGCAGAAGAUGAAGAGAAUGAAAUAGAGGAGAGGAGACCGAAACAACAAUUUGACAAAGAUUUCACUCUUGAACCCUUUGAAGGUGUCACCCCAGAGUACAUGGAAAUGAUAAUCCAGUACGGUUUUGUGUCCCUCUUCGUGGCUUCCUUCCCGCUGGCACCAGCGUUCGCCCUGCUCAACAACGUCAUCGAGAUUCGCCUCGAUGCCGCAAAAUUUGUCACCGAGAUCCGGCGGCCUGAUGCUGUGAGGUGUAAAGACAUAGGGAUUUGGUACAACAUUCUCUGUGGAAUCAGCAAGUUCUCUGUCAUUACCAAUGCGUUUGUCAUCUCCUUCACGUCGGAGUUCGUUCCACGCAUGGUUUACCAGUACAUGUACAGUGUCAAUGGCACCAUGAACGGAUACACAGAGCACUCGCUGUCCUACUUCAACGUCAGCAACUUCCCGCCAGGCACUGCCCCCAACACGACCCUCAUCUCCGGAGUGUCAAUGUGCAGGUACAAGGACUACAGAGACCCACCCUGGGCACCGGAUGCGUACACCUUCUCCAAGCAGUACUGGUCCGUCCUGGCAGCGAAACUAGCAUUUGUGAUAUUCUUCCAGAACCUUGCCAUGUUCCUCAGCAUGUUGGUUGCCUGGAUGAUCCCAGACGUGCCGCGGUCUCUGCGGGAACAGCUGAAGAAAGAGAACAUGAUGCUGAUGGAGUUUCUUCUGAAUCAAGACCAGGAACCAUUUGCCAAAUCUCACGGCCCCAGACGCUCCCUCCCCUGCUUCCUCCCCAACAUAGACAUUGUGGUGGAGGCACCGCUAGAGGAGCUGGAGGAUCAGGAAGUGGAGGAAGAGGAGGAAGACGCUGUUGAGGUCAACGUGGAGGAACCCAAAGUGAUGAGCGACAGUGAUCCAGAGUUGGGGAAGCCUUUCAUGGAACUUGGAGGAAAUGGACAAACGCUGCGUGAAGGGAGAGAGGAAGAUGACGGUGGGGAGGUGGGAGGGGGAGAGAAUGAAAAAGAUGGAGAAUCUGAGGGAAAGGGAGAUGAUGAGCAAGAGGAGGAGAAGGAAAAAGAGGAAGGAGGACAAAGAAAGGAAGAUGAAAAUGAAGUGGAGGCAGAUGAACAGAAUGUUGAUAUUGAUCUGGUCAUGAGCGAGCUGGGCCUGAUAGAUGGGGAACCGUCCACGAGCAAAACCGCAGAUACAGAGUUUCCCCGCCCGGGCUCCAAACAGGAAUACCAGAGAGAGCGGGAGCCUCCGUCACAUCCUUCGUCCAAAAGAGGCUCAUCUGAGAGUCUGAAGGGCGCCAGGGCACAAGUUACAACAUCAAACAUUACCGAGAGGCUUUUCUCACUGAUCGCUCCCCCUCCUCCCAGAGAGCCAGGCGCAAGGGCAAAGGCCCGUUGCUCCACCCUGCCUUCCCGCCACAGAGGGGCUGAGGCUUGUUACGGCCUGCCACGGCCCAGCCACUCCACCAGCCUCACCAGGUUCCAGCAGACAGGCACACUCGCCCCCCUGAUUCCCCGGGGGUCUCCGAUAUUGGCCUCGCCCAGCCCAUUCUCUCCCUCGCACACGCCGGUGGCACCUUCACCCCCACAUCCGCCACAGUCUCCGUCGCUCAACUCGGGGUCCCCGCAGCCCAGAGCCCCCAGUGAACUGUUCGCGCUGAAAGGCCCUCCACCCCAAAAGUCACGCUCCAGGGGCAAAGCCCGGUGCUCCACCCUGCCCCCACGACAAAGAGCCCCCGGGCCCGAGGAGCAUGCCACCAAGCCUAGCCAUUCAACCAGCUGCACGAAGCUGGGAGAUCGCAUCCCCCCUUCCCCCAGUGAACUGAAGCGCAACACGCCGGUAUGAGGAGAGUCUGAGGGCAGAGGGUAACAGAGGGAGGGGGGGGGCUAUCCAGAUUAGCCUCUCCUGUCUGUGUCUGGAGCCUCACCCCUGAAGAGAGACCAUCCGGGCCAACUGCACCUUUCUAUCCUCUUAAUGUUCACCGAGAUCUUUAUGCCGCUCACUGGUUCAGUGUUGAUCCUGACAAGGGAAGUGCUGGACAAUUCAGAGAAAGACUGCUCUGGAAGCUCUCCUUGCAUGCCCCCAAAGAAACACAGCUUGAACAUUAACUCUUUCUAUUCUUUUGUUUUUCUGGUUUGAUAGUUUUUUGGGGGUUGUUGUUUUUUGUUUGUUGUUGUUGCCCUUUUAUCAGUUAUUUUCAGUCCCAUACAUGCAGCAGUGCUGCCGUGUACUGUAGACCACAGGAAGGUAGAAAUGUAUACAGCACAGUUAGUAUCAACAAGUAUGCUUGUAGAUUUAUAACAGCUCAGGUUUUGAUAUAUAAAAAAAUGUAAAAAAAUUAAAAUAAAAGAAGGACAAAUUUUUCAAAUCUCACUUUCCUUCUGAACUCCUCAAGGUCGUGGAACUGUUGCAUCUCCGACUUGACACGUUUUGACACUUUUGACAAUUGACUAUAGGUUUUUUUUGUCAAUUAUUCAUGUAGACAAGGUUUAGAAAUCAUCCAUAUCAUGUGCUAGAGGCGACGAGUAAC